AUGGACGAAAUUCGAUUAUAUAAGCAGAGCAUCAGCUGGAAAUAUUAUUAUCGUCUAUUGAGGCCGCUUGAAGUACAAGUAGUACCAUUGCAGUCUCCCUUGAAGUUCUUAAAUUGCAUAAACAGAGCUAACAAAUCAUGCACAGCUGAUAUGGGCAAAGGUAGAACCAAUAGAGUUUCUUUGUGAAAACCUUUUUAACAAUCUUACAGGACUUGAUGACUAGAUUUGCUUUCGAGUCAAGAUUCUCGGCUAUGAAGUACACGGAAAUGCAUGAUUUUGUGGACCUUAAUAGUCGUGAGCAUAAGGGGAAACCACAGUGCAGAUUUAUGUACCCAGCACUGAUGGUAAGUUAUCUAUAAGCCUGAAUUCAAACUCCGGAUUGAACUGACCAUGCACCACAAGUUCGAAAGCAAUGCGUUCCAUUCAGGGGAGGGAGCCAACAUUCCCAGGCUUCGUGCUGAAGCGAAGGAGAACAAGAGGAAAGAAAAGCCAAGAAGGUAUGCUACUUUCAUCUAUGCUAAUCUUGUUGUUCCGCGUUGUCUCAAUCUAAAUCGUAUAGCAAACCCCCCGUAGCACUUGAGACAGCAGAUCCAUCCAGGAUUCUGGUAGAACGCAUAAACCAGGUUACCACCGAUUCCAUUCAUAUCAAGUUUGACAAAGAGAAAGAAACUUCUCAAUUCAGUACCCAAUCUGGAGUUCCAGAACAAAACCCAAUGUCCGCUUCGAAGCCCGAGACAAAGAUUGUGAAGUCAAUUUCUCAUACAGAUAAAAGAAUCCCGCCCGACGAAAAGAAUUCGCAGAAGUCAGCCGAGCUUCAAAGGAGCAUGGAGGAUAAGGCAGACGACAAGAUGGAUGAUAAGACAAAAUCGGCUGAGAAGAAGACUAUUUCUCAUUUGCAAGGUUCAAAAUUGUUACUAUCCAUAAGAAGCCAUCGAACCCACUCCACCAAUCACGUGUGUUCUUACUCACACAACCAGAUACCUUUUCUCUCAUUUCAAACCGUGAAGAGUCACAGAGCUUUACGACAAUCCAUUCGGCUUGCUGGAGUGGUUGAAACCUUCAAGAGAGUCGCUCCCAGCGUCCUCAAUGAAGAAAAAGAAGCCGAGAUUAGAACACAAGCCCGCUAUCACAUUCUUCAACAAGAAAUAUACGAAGGACUCAUACUUCUACAUGAAUAUGGCAGUUUGUUUUUCGAUCAACUGAACGGUAUCACUUAGAUGACAGUAGUAGAAAAGAUGAGAGAGCCAGUUGAAAAUAGUUGGCUGCAUUCUCUGAAAGAACUCCAUCGUAAAAGGAGAAGCUCAGUAUCUGGAUCGCCCGGUGGUCUUGAAUGGCUUGAAAGAUUUCUGGACGCCAUAGAAAUUGUGUUAAGGCGAGAAGACGAUAGCAGCACCGACCAUUAUUUGCGCAAACAGGAGUCGCUGAUGGAGUAUUAUAUUAAGCCUAACGAUGAAGAGGGUCUCCAUGCCUCUCGAACUUUGGAUCAACACUACUACUCCGCGAUUGCGGAUACGAGUCGAAGGGAUGUUGAUCAAGUUGCGAGGAGGUAUCAAGCUCGGAGGGUUGCAGAAAGAUCGCAGGAAACAAGCAAAGCGAGAAUGAAAAGCUUGUCUCUUCAUGAUCGAGUUAUGAAGAUAAGAGAAACCCAGAACUUCCUGGAGAAGCAUAUGAAGAAGAAUAAAACUCCACUCCAUGGUAGCAGGGUGAAUGACGAUAUAGGAUGGGAAGAUGACCCUGGAGCCAAGAUUGCGAUGGUAGACCAACUCUGGCUUUGGAUCGUCGACGAUGCAAAGGCCCGCCGAUACUGA